GCGAACUGCUUCUUCUUCUCCGCAAGGCAAGCGCGAACCUCGUCUUCUUCUUCUCCGCGAACGAGAUCAUGGCCAGAACACGAGGUUUAGGUCGUGCCAUAGGUAGAGUUGUAGGCAGAGAUAAAGGUGUUGACGAGGAUGCUGGCGAUGUUCCCGAGAGGCGUAGGCCUACUGCCUCAGCCCGUAGGCUACGCGUUCAUCAGAUGACUACGGAGGGACGUAAUAUGGUUGAGGACGUCGCUGACAUGACUGGUGAUGUCCCUGAGCAGCCUACGGAGGCACCUGAGAUGCGUGCGGACGCACAGGGUGCUGAUAGUGGUGAGGGGUCAGAUGGUGAUGAUGCUGCAGAGGGAUUCCCUGGUGGUCCACGUGACCCGUCAGUGCUGACAUCAUUUGCCAAGCAUGUUGCACAUGCUGUGUGGAGUGGACAGGUAUUUUAAUUUGUUAAUUAUUUGUCAUUGUUUAUUUAUUUGUUUAUGAUUAAUUUUUUUUAAUAAUUGUAUAAUUUGUACUUCAAAUCAGGAACGUCCUGAUUUGAAGUUA